AUAUAAGCGACAUGAAUUAAUGAAUAUCGAAAAUGUUGAUCUAUAAAACUAGUUUGUAAAUUUGUUUUGUCAGUUAAGUAAGAAAGGAGAAUGGGGUCAAUAAUAAAAAACCAAAUAUUGAAGCACCUUUCCAAGUUUACUAAGAAUCUUUCCCCUGAUAAGAUCAACAUCAGUACGUUGAAGGGGGAAGGGGAAUUGACAAACUUAGAACUGAAUGAAAAUGUGCUUAUGGAAUUGAUGGAACUUCCAACAUGGAUGAAACUGACAAAAGCUGUGUGUAACAAAGUCUCAUGCAAGGUACAGUGGACAAAGUUGAAGUCCCAGCCUAUCUGUCUGUUUUUAGACGAGGUUGUACUGGAGGUAGAGACCUGUUCUGAGCCGCGCCCUCCUAACAAGCCAGGACAACAGUCAAAUACAAGAUCUGAAGGUAGAUAUGGAUUUGUAGACAAAGUAAUGGAUGGUAUAUAUGUUCACAUUAAUUCUGUGUCUGUUCAAUUUUCAUCGGACAAGUUCCAUGCAAGUCUUCAGCUUUCAAGAGUGAAGGUACAGAGUAUGACACCAUGCUGGACAUUACCAACAGACAUGCGACAGUCUCGAAUACGUAGUGAACCCACUGAUGAAAUUAUUCUGUUCAAGGAAGUAGACUGGUCCACUACUCGUAUAGAGGCUAAUGCUCAUGAAGGAGACACAAGUUUGCCAACUACUCCACUACGUCUUAUUGCAAACCAGUCUAAAGUCAGAAUCGUUAUGAAGAAAAAGCUAAGUGAUUGUAGUGUUAUAGCUACAAGGAUCAUAUUUCUAUUGGAUGAUCUUCUGUGGGUACUAACAGAUACACAGUUGAAGUCUGCCAUGGUAUAUGUUAACUCCUUGUCUACCAUGAUAGAAAAAUCCUCUCAACAAAGUAAACAGCUAGCUGCUGAAAAACUUCAGAAACAAGUAAAAAGUGGAGCUGAUCAGCUAUACAUGCAGCAACAGCUACAAUCUAGACCUCGUAGUCAGACCAAUGAGGCGAAAUAUUUCCAGAAAUACGAUGUUCAGACAACGUCGUAUCAUCUGAUCACCAGUAGAGUAGAUCUACAUCUAUGUGAUGACACGCCCAUGGAGAAAGACUCAAGUCCGAAACAUAACAAGAAGAUUAAUGGAGGUGCAAUGCAGAUUACUAUCUACAAACUGUCCCUAGAUUAUUAUCCAUUUCAUUACGCAGAUAUGGAUUUGAUAUUGACCAGUGGUGGAGAAAGAAAGAGUUGGUACCGUUACACAGACAAUCAGGGAUCUCGGAACACAUGGGUACAGGAUCUAUUUAAAGCAUUCCGUGCGGAAGCUUCUAGAGCCAGAGAAGUGUGCAAAGUUCUCUCCCCUACACAAUCACCCGCUCACCAGACGGCAAAUCAGAAAUCACCCGCCAAAUCACCUCCACAGACACAAAAUCCACAAGGGGUCAAAAACCAAGGUCAAGGUGGUCCGAAGGUCACUAAAUUACUAGAAAGUUGUAUGGUUAUGAAGAUAGAAGAGUUUAUUAUAUACAGGGUUUCUACUGCAGACAAUAAGAGGAAUAUGCCACAGAAGUUUUUUAGUUCCGACAAGAAGGCUCUACAUUUACCCUCGGAUAUGUCAGUAAUACAUGUAGAAUAUACAGACUAUUUUUUCACUGAUGGAAUCGACUAUCCAGUACCACAUGCCAACAUGUAUGUAUUGGUCAACCCAGUGAGACUACAUUUAGACUAUCUGACCAUGCUCUGGUCCAACUACUUCUCUCUCAACCUUGCUCAAGUUCUAGAGACACCAGAGAAUGAGAUACAGAAGAAGUUGGAGCAUGUAGAUAUCAAGGUAGAGGCCCUGAUGCCCAGGGUAGUUGUUUCUGCCGAGGAGAAAGUAGAAAAACAACCUGACCGUCCCGAUUCAUUACAGAUACAAUUCUCGAAGAUUACAGCGUCAAACACGCAUAUUGAAAACCAAUUUACUUUCGAAGACCUUCAAGGUUUAUUAAGUCAGUAUAAAAACUGUGAUAUGUUUACCUGUACGGAUUUUCCAAAUGACUCUGGUAAUUUAACUUCCAUUCCAAAGAUCUUCCAGGCUUUCGCAGAUUCUCGUGUAAAUCCAUACCUCUGUGGCUAUAUUUUAGAACUUCUACAAGGAAAAUUGCCAAACGGAUUCAGUGAGAAGGAUCUUGGGACUGAUGCAGUUAAAACGUUACUGAGAACUGACACUCUAAAACGAGACAUGCGUUGUGAUAUGUGGGUAUUUAGUAUAGAUCAGGUCUGGUUAGAAUUCCUUGGAGUGCCGACUAGUCGUACUCGUCCUGUGCCAUUUGUAGAAUCUUUUCCAUUGACAUUGUGGGUGUGCCAUCCAACAGCAAUUCCAGAUGACAUUAUAUUGCCUGAUAACUGUAGUGCAACAGUGAAUGGUGACUGUACGGAGAAUGGUGAGAAAGGCAGACGGAAAACAAGACAGCUUCUUAAACAAUAUUACUCCGAGGAUAAUGAUGAUAAUUCUCUGGAUUCAAAAGACAGCAGUACCCAAGACAACAAUCUCAAAGAUUCCAAUAACUGUGAUAUUGACGAUGGCAGUGUGCAAUAUUCGGCUUUCAAAGUCGCAGACUUUAAUCUUGCAGCUAAAAUAGGCGGGAAAAUCAGAGCUCAGCUGAACAAUCCCCAAUAUUUAUUUCUAAUGAGAGUUAUUGAGUCAUUUUCAAAUUUUCAACUACAGCUGAAUGCUGAUGUUGAAGAUUUCUUCAAAGGAAGUGAUACACCUGCAAAGACAUUUGCCAUUCCAUUAUGUAUACCCGAGUUAGAAUUUGCAAUGGUUUGUCCUUACAUUGCUGAGUUACUCCCCUUGAGUAAUCCAGACAUUUUGUGUUCUCCAAAUUCAGAGAGUAUGGAAGAAAGGGAAGUAGAUGUUGAUACAGACAGUGAUAUUGUUGGGGUUACAGAUGGAACAAGUGGCAUGGAAGACAUAGAACAAGCAGACCAGACGCUGACAGUCACAGAAACUAAUGGAGGCACUUGUAUAGAGAUGUCAGAAAAUCUGCUUGUAGAAGGCCACCUAUCACAUUCACAGAGUGACUCUACCAUUGUACGAUACACACAGAACACAGAUGAGCUUCAUUUAAAUCAAGGUGUGAGGUUAGACUCUCACUCCAGUGAAGAUAUCACUCAGUCAGAGAUACCAAGUUUACAUGUCUCCAGCCAUAAUAUCCAGUACACAGCUAGUGACUCCGGGAUCUCCUCCCUGGGAACAUCGUCAAUAUCAUCAGGUCAGAGGUCAAGGUCAGGCAGCAAACUUACCCCAACUACAAUGAAGAAAUCUUUUACAACAGGAGUAACUAACAUAUCAAAUUUUAUGGGUAAAAUAAAGAAUCGCCUUGACCCAGAUGAUUUGGAUGACUGUGAUAAUAUUUCGAUAAGAACAGACACAUCAGAUGACGAUGAUUUUGAGUUUUUGGGACUUGAUGAUAAUGAGGCGCCAGCGUUUAACCACAGUCACAUGUCCGAGACGUCAUCUACAGCAGACACAGACGACCUGUCCAGCGUGUUUGCUGAAAGUACGUCUGCUUCAAGGGCUAAAGAAGUGGUGUCAGCUGUAGUGUUUCGACUAUCAGGGAUUGAGUUAUUGAUACAGAGUAUAGGUGAAGAUAUGUUCAUCUCACUACAGACAAAGGCCAUAGAUUGUGAAGAGACUGGGAACACACCUUACGAAGAUUUCUAUGCAAAACUCUCCUCCCAAAAUGGGGUUGUGAGAAAUGCAGCACUUUUCAAAAUUGGAACAUAUCCGAUUAAAUUCAAAAUGACAAAAGGACCAUGUGCAGAACAUUUGGCCCCAAAGGGGUCCGAGCUUGGUGUGAUGGAAAUCCGGGUAAAAGAUUACGAGUUUACAUUCCGUAUGACCAGCAUUUUAAAUAUGACAAGUUUUAUCGAAGACGAGAAAGUGGCUAUACCUACACCCAUGCAUAUAAUAGUGGAUAACUUCAAACUUACACUCCUGGAGGACCGACCACCCCCGAUUGCUAGCCAUGCUGCAGCCAGUGCCGAACCAGUCAACCUUAAUAUUCAUCACAUGUUUAUACAAAGACAUGAUGAUGGUGUCUUCCAUAUGACUACAGAUUCCAAACAGAGAUUACAAGAUACUGGGUCAGAUAUGUCUAAAUCAGAAACAGCGAAACAACAUGCAGACGCCAAUUUAGCAGACAACAAAUUAGAUUUCUCUAACCUACCAGCUGAUAUCGAGAAAAAUGUUUACAAGUUGAUAAGCCAAAAUGAACAGCUAAAAAUACUUUGUGAGAAGUUAGAUAACCACUCUCAGAAACAAGAUACUGAGUUAGAGAAACUUAAAAAAGAAAACGAGAGAUUGGUAGAUUUAGAAGACGAGAACAAAAAAUUACGGGAAAAACUGAAAUCAUUUGCUAUGUCAAGUGGUCCUUCCCUAGACGAGAUGGAAGAUCUAAGGAAGGUUAAUGCUGAUUUAGAAUCGGAAAAUGCUACAAUGAUGGAAAGAGUUGUUACCCUUCAAGAGGAAUUAGAUGACGCUAAACGGGAGAAAGAAUCAUUAUUGUCUACAUUACAACUGAUGCAGGAGGAACUUAUAGCAUCUGAACAAUACAGACAACGAAAUAAUUCAACUAAUAGUCAAAAGUAACUAGGGUUUCGAUUUUUCGAUUAUAGUACAACACUUUUUGGUUGGUUUUUUAUUUUUGUUUUUUUUUUACUAUGAAUAUUCGGAUAUUAUCAUUUGUUAAUACAUUCCUUGCUCAGAAAACUGAAAUUUUCAUAUGUACAGGUUAGUGUUUAUUUGAAAGCAGUUACAAAAUUAAAUUGCUCAAGAAAGGCGCCGUCGCUUGACCAAAUUCAAUUUGGUAAAUGCUUACUUAUGAACACUUACCAAUUUAGUGUUUGAAAUUAUUUAAAAAACAACAAACUAACAAAAAAAACAACAGUUCAUAAACUAGCCAGAUUAAUAGACGAUUCAACUGUAAGAAGGGGCGUCCGUGGCUGAGUGGUUAAGGUCGUUGACUUCAAACCAUUUGCUCCUCACGCUGUGGGUUGGAAUCCCGACAGGGACUUUAGAUUCUUUCAUGUGAGGAAGCUAUCCAGCUAGCUUUCAGAACCUCGGUGGUUCUACUCAGGUACCCGUUUGUGCCUGAAAUAAUGCAUGGAAGGGCACCUGAGGUCUUCCUCCACCAGUAAAGCUGGAAUGUCGCCAUAUGACCUAUACUGUGUUGGUGCGACGUAAAACCUAAUCAAACAAAUUAAACAAAUAACUGUUUGAACCAAAGUAAAUGUGUUAAGAUCCAAUUAAAAUAGUGCAAUCCCAAGGGAUGAAAUAUAACUUCAAACACUAAUGUUGUUUUUUUAGUAGAGUAAUUUUGUUUUUGUUUGCUCAUUUCAGUAAAUUAGUGUAUAAUAUAUUUAACAAAUGACUUGACUUUAGAUGAGUUUAGUGUAAAUAUAUAGAUCUCAUUAUCACACUUUAACACAGUCUGAUGUUUAUUUUAUAAUCAGUUCUUCUUAAACAUAUCCAAAUUUGUAAUGACAUUUUAUUAUUUAUUAUAAUUAGUGUAAUAUUAAUGUCUGUCAAACUAUCACCUGUAAGCUGUAAUUAUAAAGAUGGUCAACGAUCAUGUAACGCCGGAUGCAUGUUAAAGCACAUUUACUACUUUCUGAAAUAAAGUUGUGACCUAUUAUUGGUAAACAGAUUUUGAUGCUCGCCUUUAUUAUUAAAAAAGUUUACUGUAUUUUCUACAAUUUUUCAGAUUAUGGAAUUAUUUAUAAUUUUUACUACAGAAAGCUAGUCAAACUGAUCUAAUAAUGUACAAAUGUUAUGUAGUGUUUGAUGUCCAGGUUUGUAAGUCAUAGACACUCUACAUAGAAUCAGGGAUCUUUUUUAAUUGAGCUUUUUGUGAAAAUAGUUAGAUAUAGCUAUCUUUGCCUACAGUUAAACUUAAUAAAGAUAUAAGUAAUGUCAGAUAUAUAGAAAUUAAGUUAUCAUGUGUAACAUUGUUUGCAUUGUACAUUGUAUUUGUACAUUAAUCAGCAAGUGUAUAUUUAUACAUUUAUUUAUAGGUAUGUACAGUAAAGAUAAUUCUCGCAUGCAGAAGAGUGUAGACAUGUUAGUAUCUCCUGUGAAACAAAAUAUAACAGUAUUGUUUUAGAGAAGUCUUUAUAGUGCUAUGGUGUCUGAAAUUCUGCUUUUCUGUUUAUGAUAUGAAAUCAUGUUAUAUUUGUAUAUUGUACAUGCAUAUAGUAAAUCCUAGCUAGCUUAAAGUCAAUAUGCUUUGCCUUGCCCUUGAUAAUCCCCAACCCUGCUAUAUAUCUUAAUCUGACUUAUCCAUCUUUAAAUUUGGACAAUAUCAUUCAUCAUUUUAAAGGAAAAUUUAAAGAUAAGUACUGACUGUAUAUUGCAGACUAUGAUCAGACACAGGAAUAUAUUCAGUUACCGCCAGCAGGUUUAGGGUUAUUUUGAUGUCUAAUAUUAAUUUGAUCUAGUUGAUAUUUUAAUAAUGUCCCGAGCUUUCAUAGUCAUAAGUUAGACUACAUGUAUACAAACAUACAAACACGCCUCGGCCAUCACUCUCGUAUUGUCUGGGUAAAUCAUGUUGGAUUAUCACAAGAAUUGCUUCAGAUCAAUCAUGAAAAAUAUCACAGGAAUUCCUGAAUCUUAUAUAUUUACACUUUAAGUUAUAGAUCAGAAGAAUUCCGCUUUUAGUUUAUUAAUGACUUUUUGUAUACUAUUAUCAUUCAUACACGUAUGAUUGUUCCUGACAAAGUGUGAUGAUGUUUCAGAGGUUGAGAAAAAAGAAAGUCUGAGGUAACAUGUAAUGUAACAAUAUGUAGUUGAAUGUUAAUGAUUUCAUGAUCUACCCCUUGAACUGGAAUAUUACCUCUAAACUGCACCUCAGAGUUCUUGGAUUGACACCCGGACAGCCAUGUAAUAUUUUCAUAAUAACACAUGGCUGCGAAAUUUUUGCCAAAGAAUGGUUAAGAGUAUGAGAUUUUUAGACAAUCUCCAUAUGCAACUUUAGCAUUGGAUGAUUUAGUUUUUAGCUCAAAAUGUAACAACUCGUAAAGUGAAAUUUAUUGCCUUGUCUUGACAAUUUAGGUUAGUUUGUUUUCCUUGUGACCAAUUUUUGCAUUUUUUUCCUGUACCGGUUAUUUUAUCACUGCUUUAUUUUUCUGUUUGCAUGUAUUAUAAUUGUGAAUAUUUUGAAAUCAUUGCUUUCUUAGCUUGAAGUGCUAGUCAUGUACAUGUCUUUGUUUAGGAAUAGAUGUAAACUUUCUGUCUGUAAAAACUGUGUAUCUUAAAUGUGAUGUGACAAUUCCAAAGAAAUAUUUAAAAGUUAUCUAUAAGAAAAAGAGAGGGAAUGGAUGUUGGUGUUUUUGUGGUUAAAGAUGUUUUGUGUAAGAUACACAUUAUUUUUCUAUAAUACAGGUUAUGAUAUAAAGUGUGCCAUAAAUUUUGCGCCAGGUUGAUUGAACAUUUAUUUACCAGUUGUGAUUAAAAGUGGUCAUAAAAUUACAUAAUGAGGACAGAUAUAGUUAUAACUCUGUCAAAUUGAAAUAUGUUUCUGUUUCCAAUUGUUUCUUCAAUUUUCUUAUUUUUCUAUUCAAUUUUGAUUUUUAAUCGACUAUUAUUUAUGAUUAUCUGUUAUUUAUUAUUAUCACUUUUAGUUUACAAUCAGCUAUUGUUUACAGUCAACUAUUGACUGCUUAAGUUUACAUAUGACUUUCUUUUGAAAGGUUUAUAUCAUUGUAUAUGAAACUUUGUUUGAGUUAUAUUAAGAAAAAAACUUAAAAUGGUAUGCAACUGCAAAUAACGUUUGUUUAAGUAAUAAUAAUAAGAAAAAAAAGCUUACAGAGGUAUGCAAUUAUAGCUCGGUAAUAAAAUUAAUUAAUUGUUAUUGUACAAUUUUUGUUAAAACUUUAAUAUUUA